AUACUCAAACCAACCCAUCUGGCACCAGCAUCCAUGACACAAACUGGUCCAAAAAAAUCUUGAUUAUGUAAUGCCACUCCCUUGUGUGCAGGUGACCUAUUUUAAUAUGUUUUUCUGUCAGUCAGUCUCUUCCUGCAUAGUUAUGAAGGUGUUAUUCUUUAGCGGAAGUUUUAUUCACAGCUUUUCACGCUUUUGAAAGAAGACACUGGGUAGUUACUGGCGUUAGUUGCUUUUGUGAGUAAAAAUCUUGCUUUAGGGUAUUUGUACUAUGUACAGGUCAAUCUUGUAGAAAAUGAUUUUAAUUUUUUCCUUCCUGCUGUGCACAUCUAUCAAUCUUUCAUCCAGUGAAGAUGAUACUUGGCAGGAGCCACUAAGAACUGUUGAAGUUGGAGGCAGUGUUAAUCUAACGUGUCAAUUUACAGAAAAGAGAAUAACCACUAUUAUAUGGCUCAGACAAAAGCUUGGAGAGAAGCCACAUGUAAUUGCUACAUCAUAUCAGCUUCAACCUGCAACGUUUUAUCAAGAAUUUGAAAACAACAUCCGCUUUGAUAUAGAAAUCAAACCUUUCAUGUUUAAUCUGAGAAUCUCAAAUGCAAAACUAUCAGACUCAGCCACUUACUACUGUGCUAUCACAUUUCUUUAUGAUAUCACAUUUGGACAAGGCACUGUUCUAAUCGUGAAAGAUCAGUCAUUAAAAAUCAGCACAGUUACCCAGCAGGAAAAGGUUCAGAUGGUUGAACCAGGAGACCCUGUGUCUCCGUGUACAGUCGUCACUAAUCGCUGUGCAGGAGAUGACAGUGUAUACUGGUUCAGACGCGACUCAGAUGAUUCCCAGUCAGGGCUCAUUUACACUCAAAGACAAAGCAGUGGCCAGUGUGAGACAAGCUUCACUGCUAAUUCUCCUACACAGACGUGUGUUUACAGUCUCCCCAAGAACAUCACCCUCUCUGAUGGUGGAAUGUACUAUUGUGCUGUGGCUGCAUGUGAAGAGAUUCUGUUUGGGAAUAGAACUAAGGUGACCCUCAAAGAUGCUCCUUUUCAGAUUGAGGUUCUAGUCCUUCUCUCCAUUAUAAGAUCAGCUGUGCUUCUCUGCAUUUUUAUUGUUUGUCUCCUCUAUGUUCAUACAUAUCAUUAAUCAAAGUUGUAAAUGUUUUUCUUUGUAAAGGACUUUUGCUAACAGCCUGUAUUUGUAAGCUUUAUGGCUAUGGUUAUGCGUAUUUGCAAAUUAAGUGUAAGGUUACUUUUUUCUUUUCUUAAAAAACAAACAAACAAACAAACAAACAAACAAACAAACAAACAAACAAACAAAAAUUCAUAAAGGUUAAAAAAAGUAAAAAAAAAAAUUACAAACAUUAAUUUCAUGAUCUACAACAGUUAGUUCUGGUGCACUGAUUUGAUUGGACAAGUGACAUCCCAAGUGUGCUGAUAUUUCGUUUAACCACAUUGGUACAUUUUACUGUUUGUAUCACUCUGCUCAUCUGUGUUCACUACAUAAAAUCUAACUUCUAACAAUAGUUCAUUACAUUGAAGCCAUUACUGCACUUACUAUGGGCUGUCAGUCAGUCUAUCUCUAACCAUUUGAUGCUUAAUUGGGAGCAAAAAUAAAUAAAAGAUUUUGCUGUA